AGAACGGUGCGCACCAGCCGGGCUGGCUUCAGCACCAAUGGCGUCGGCCGUCCCUCCAAACUUCUCCUGGGUGGUGCCCGGCAAGCUGGCAGGGCUGGCAAUGCCACGGCAGCCCUCACACUACCAGUACAUGCAUGAGCAUGGCAUCCGGCACCUGGUGUCGCUGACCGAGCGCAGCCCACCCAACCACGACACCUGCCCUGGCAUCAAGGUCCAUCGCCUCCGCAUCCAGGACUUCUGUGCCCCGUCGCUGGAGCAGAUCAAGCACUUCUUGCAGAUUGUGGAGGACGCCAGCAACAAAGGCGAGGCCGUGGCGGUGCACUGCAUGCUGGGAUUUGGUAGGACGGGAACCAUGCUGGCCUGUUACCUGGUGAAGGCCCAGAAACUCACUGGGGUCGACGCCAUCCACGAGAUCCGGAGAAUCCGGCCUGGAGCCAUCGAAACGCAUGACCAGGAGAAAGCCGUGAUCCAGUUCCACCACCACAUCAAAUAGCCACAGCCAGAGGCACCCCUUGCCCCCUACGCAGGGUGUGGGUGGGGGGGCAGAGGGACAGGGCUGCUCAGCUACACAGACACCUGCAGGAAGACCCUCCUGGGCCUGUGGCUAGGCGUUUCUGGACCCAUGGAGG